CCGGCGGGGGCAGAGGCGGCCAGAGGCGGCGGGCUCUCGGAGGCACUGGGGACGCGGCGGGCUUGCGAAGGUGGGAGCCGCCCUGCGCUGCCGGGCCGAGAAUGGUUGCCUGGGGAAAACAGCACUGCUGUGUUGGCCGAAUACAGGACAUUUUCUUGAGAUUCAGGAUUGUUCUAGCAGUCCUUUUACUUCAUUUGUUCCUGGCUACAGCAGGCAAAGAUCAGGAGGAUUUCUUAGGACAAUAUAAAGCCGUCUUUAAGACUGCAUGCAAAGAUCCUUGGAUUAUGUCACCAAGAAUUUCUCUGCAUCCCUUGAAAGAAUUUAUUGUAUGUGUGCGCCUCAAGCUAUAUUCCUCAGAUAGUCCCUGGACAGCAUAUGUAUACAAUCAAGAAACACCUCACACCAAUCUCUCUGCAAAUAAGUAUGAUCUUGGACUUACAGGAGAUCACGGUAAAUUGAGAAUAUGGUUGUUUGGAAAUCAAAUAAAUACAACAGCAAGACUUGAUGAAAACACUUGGAACCAAAUAUGUAUUCAGUGGAAAGGUGAAGAUGAGGAGAUGAAGGUAUUCAUAAAUGAAACAAAAAAAGUGAACAAAAAACUAACUGGGAAAGUUAAUUUCCCUGGAAAGGGGAAGUUCUUACUUGGCUGUUCAAAGCUGCCGGGUACAGCUACGUCACCUAACCUGGGCAUGACUGGUGAGCUGUACAUGUUCAGAAUGUGGGAUAAAGCAAAUAUAAAGCAAUCUCUGAACUGUGAAGAUAGUGGUGUUAUACGCUGGAGGAAGGAGGAUUGGGACUAUAAUGAGACAAUAGAAGAGGAUAACUCAUUGCCAUGUGCAAAAGCUGCAAAUUCCGGAGAAACAGCUGCAGCAACUAUUUCUGAUAUGACUUCAGAGGAGACUACACAAACUGCAGAAGCUCUUGACAUCACUGAUUAUUACUCCACCAUAAAACCAGAAGUUAUAGCAAGAGAAACCAUUUUAUGCAACAUAACAUCUGUCUGCAAUUUUUCAGCGUUCUAUGUGGGCAAGGCGAAACUUGAGGCAAGUGAAGAAAGUAACACGUCACUAAAUGUAGAAAUAAUUAAUAACAUAACUGUCAACAAUCAAGUUACAAAAUUAAUGGCAAUUCCAGCACCUAGUCCACAAGAAUUGAGAAUUUCAGAGUUCAACAAAACAUUGCAAGCAAUAAGUGAGUCCUCUGUUAUGGAAUGCAGUGCAGAAAACCAGAGUAUACACUGCAACUUCAUAGUGAAGCUGGCCGAGAGAGAGAAUAUAAGCAGUUUAACAGACAAAGCAGAAAUAAGCCAACUUGAACGGUGCUGCUGUUCAUCACCGAAGUAUUGUUUCUUGACUGCUGAAGAGUUACGAAUGUAUUCUAUACAAGUGCCACCUCAUUCUGUAUGGGUUCCUUUCCCUCGUUCUUCUUCUCUCCCUAAAAAGACUUCCCCCCACUCUAAUACUUUUAUUUCCCCCACUAUGCUUUCUACCAAACAAAGUCCCACAGUUAGACCACUGAUCCCACCAUUCACAGAAAUUUAUUUUUCUGGAACUCUCUCCACAUCUCCCACUACAAGUCCUCUCUCUGAAACCUCCACCACAUCUACUGCUGAAACUUCCACCACAUCUACUGCUGAAACUUCCACCACAUCUACUGCUGAAACUUCCACCACGUCUACUGCUGAAACUUCCACCACGUCUACUGCAGAAACUUCCACCACAUCUACUACUGAAACUUCCACCACAUCUACUACUGAAACUUCCACAUCUACCACCAGUGUUACCACUAUGCUUUCCUCUUCUGAGUCUCAUGCUCAACCUGCCAUGCCAACUUUUCCUUCCAUAGCUUCUAACAAACCGGCCACCGUUUCUACACCUGCAACAAAAUCUGUCACUAAUGCUGGUUUCUCAAUUAAAUCUGAUGCUGUAUAUCUUAGCAAGCCCGUUAAAAUAAUUUCUUCUUCUGUAGGUUUCACUAAGCAUUCUGCAGUUUCCUCUUCUAAGCUUCCCCCCAAACCUUCAACAGUAAUUCCGCCCUUUAAGACUACCACUAAAUCUGUUGCACAAAUUCAUCCUGCUACAGAUUCGACCCAACCUGUUUCUAGUACCAAAAAUGCUACUAGAGCACCUAUUCUUCCCCUUACUCCUUUCACAAUAACUUUGACCCCUACUGUUAGUCCUGUCAACCAUUCUGUCUCAGCUGCUCAUCCCCAUUCUACUGCUGAUGGCCACGAUAGCCUGCCUAAUGGGAGCACAGGAAAGAUACUAUCAGCUACCACAUACACAACUUCUGUAUAUACCACCAUUAGUAUCACCACAGCUGAGCAAAUCGUGUCCAAAAUAGAAAAUGAUUUAGCAGCUGGAAAAGUAGAACCAAAAGAUGUAGAAAGAAUGGUUAGUGAGGUUAGCAAAGUCCUGACUGAUUCUCAGCCAUUACCACCCCGAAUUUCUAACAGAAUUAUAAAACUGGUGGAUUAUAUUGGCUUAAAAUUGAACUUCGCAUCAACGUCAGCUGAUUUUGCCUCCCCUUCCUUGGCUCUAGCAGUUGUCAAAACCAAUAGCAUCCGCUCCAACCAAAUGUCUUUUGCUGUCCAGGACUCAGCUGAUCUGCAGAUCUCUCUAGGCAUUAAUGCAAUUAAUGAUUUGAACAAUCUCGGAUCAAUUACACUUCCUUCAUCGUUGCUGACAAAUUUACGCCCUGAAGAGUUGGACUUGGCUUCUAGAAUUAUAUUCAACUUCUUUAAAAAGACCACUGUGUUCCAGGAUCUGUCCUUGAAGAAUGCAUCUUUAAUCAGCAAUGUUAUAUCAUCAAGUGUUGCUAACCUUACAAUUAGCAACUUAAAGGCAAAUGUUACAGUCACUUUACAGAAUAUCAAACCUAAUCAGGAUAAUUCAACAGUUAGGUGUGUUUUUUGGGACUUUAAUAAAAAUGGUGGACAUGGAGGCUGGUCAUAUGAAGGUUGCAUAGUUAAAGAAAGUAGAGUAAAUGAAACAAUCUGUUCAUGCAACCACCUCACAAGCUUUGCAGUUUUGAUGAACUUGUAUGGAAAUACUCCUUUGAAUCCAACACAAGAAUUGGUACUGACUUUUAUAUCCUAUAUAGGCUGUGGCCUCUCUGCAAUUUUUCUUUCUAUUACUCUUGUGACUUACAUAGCCUUUGAGAAAAUCCGGAGAGACUACCCCUCCAAAAUUCUUAUUCAGCUGUGUACUGCAUUACUUCUACUCAACUUAGUUUUCCUCCUUGAUUCAUGGAUUGCACUGUAUGAUACACAAGGCCUGUGCAUUGCAGUUGCAGUAUUUCUUCACUAUUUCCUCUUGGUUUCGUUCACCUGGAUGGGCCUAGAAGCUUUCCACAUGUAUCUGGCCCUUGUGAAAGUCUUUAAUACCUAUGUACGGAAAUAUAUUCUAAAAUUUUGCAUUGUUGGCUGGGGGUUACCAGCAGUAGUUGUGUCCAUCGUGUUGGCAGUAUCACCAGAUAAUUAUGGACUUAUAACCACUGGAAAGGUUUCAGUAAACAGACCUGAUGAAUUCUGCUGGAUUAAAAAUCGAAUUGUCUUCUAUAUUACUGCUGUGGGAUACUUUUGCCUGAUAUUCCUGAUCAAUAUCAGCAUGUUCAUUGUUGUGCUGAUCCAGCUCUGUCGUAUCAAAAAGAAAAAACAACUUGGUGCUCAAAGAAAAACCAGUAUUCAAGACCUUAGGAGUGUUGCUGGCCUCACAUUCUUGUUGGGAAUUACUUGGGGAUUUGCUUUCUUCACAGUAAAUGAGGUAUUUACUUACCUCUUUACCAUUUUCAACACUUUGCAAGGGUUCUUCAUUUUUAUCUUCUAUUGUGUAACAAAGGAGAAUGUCCGUAAACAAUGGAGAAGGUAUCUCUGUUGUGGGAAGUUCAGGCUGGCUGAAAACUCUGACUGGAGUAGAACUGCUACUAAUGGUUUAAAGAAGCAGACUGUAAAUCAAGGAGUAUCCAGUUCUUCCAAUUCCUUACAAUCAAACAGUAACUCUACUAACUCUACAACAUUGCUAAUGAAUAAUGAUUAUUCAGUGCACGCGAAUGGAAAUGCAGGCCAUUAUUCCAGUGAGAAGAAUGGUGUUUCUUUCAGUGUACAGAACGGUGAUGUGUGUCUCCAUGACUUUUCAGGCAAACAACUCGUAUUUCAAGAAAAGGAUGAUACAAGCAGCCAAAAAAGCCAUAUUUCGCUCAGAAAGACUUCGAAGAGGGGAAGCCUAACUUUUAUUGAGAAAAUGUGAUUUCCUUUUAAACAGCACAUUGUUUUACAGUGUGAAGGAGAGAUUUACUUUCAAGAGUUUUACAUAAUGUGAGCAGACCAAGAACUGAUUUUAUUUAAUAUAUGGUACUGGAACUUCAAGGCAGCCAUGCAAUGGAUUGACAAGAACAAUUAUUUAAAAAGAAAAAAAAAAAAAAAACGAAGCUACUAUUUUGACAAGGUAUCUUGGAUGUCAAAUUAUAGCUGGCACACUUCCAUUUUGAUGCUUCAUUAGAGGUUUGAGGUUGUUUUUUACACUUAAAGGAAAGUUUUGUUUAGACCUUUUUCAUUACAACUAAGUUUAUCUGGAUAUAAUGCAUAGUAGUAUUGUAUAAAUGUAGGAAGUUACAACUUGUGCAUACAAGCAAUGUUAUCUUCAAGAGUGUUAGCUACACCGUCUCCGACUUUUUGUAUGUUGUAGUAGCAAACUAUAGUAUUGUACAGAAACAGAAAAAUAUCAAUCUUUAAGCAACUUAAUGAUACUUUUAUAUUUAUUUCUUGUAAUAUAAAUUUAAGUAUUCCUAUGUAUAGAAAAAAUAAUUGGUAUUUUGUUUUAGCUUUGUUGUAAGUUUGCAUUUUUCUUUAAUUGACAUACUUUAACAUAGAAUGAUACAGAAGUUAAUUUGUUCAGUAAGUGAAAUCACUUACAUUGGUUUAAAUAUAUUCACCAGGUACAGAACUGUAAAUACAAACGCUAUUGGUCUUGAACCUUUAGCGACCUCUUGGCACACCACAGAGGGAUAGAAACUGGGUAUCAUCAGAGUAGAGUACCAUGAAUGAGGGAGUGAUAAAUAAAGUAGUCAGUAGGUUAUUAAAUAUAACUAAGUUAUGUUAGUGGCUUGAGUAAGUCAGUGGGAGCUUUUGCCAUUGAUUUCAGCAGGGUCAAUAUUUUAUCUUGAGUGAUGGUUCCAGAGAUUAAACACACUGCCAUUUCUCAUUUGCAAUGAUAAAGUAGAAAAGUGUUAGUUUUUGAAGAAAAAAUGCAGAGAAUAAAUGCUAGCUGCUAUAUUUAGUAGCCAAGAAAUUGUUUGUUUCAUUAUGUGGCUGGUUUUUUAAGGGGCAGCUCUUGAGUUAUCCUAAUGAGUAUUUCUGCUUGUACUUUGGCCCUUGGUUGGCAAGCCAAAUCCUGAGGCCCUAGCUGAGUAAUACCUGAAGCAAAAUUUCAUUCCCCUUUUUGAUAGUUGUCUGAAAAAGCUGGAUUUUGGCUCUUCAUGCACAACAGCUGAAAGCCCAUACAACAUUAUGAAGAUUCUUCAUGAACAGAAAUUAGCCUGAGCCCUGGUUGUGCCUCUUCUGCCUCACACAGGUGUGCAGCUGUGGCCAUUACUUUUCUCCCUUGUGUUCUUGGGCAAAGGUUGGAUGCUCCUGGAGCAAGAGCUAGGCCCAACUGGUGCCACAGUGUGGAGUGCCAGACCUUGUAAAGGGGUUUUUUUGAGGCAGAUGCGUGCUAGAGAGGAGCAAGGGCUCUGCUUUCCCAGAGGACUUGGUAGUGGGCCCUGGAAACACUCAACAAAAAGCUUCAAUUAAAUGCCUACUGUCUGGGGCUCUGCUGUAGUUCAGCAAUUGAACCUCUUCAGUACUCAAACCCCCUUGUGGUUCUAUAUGCAAUGCAUGGUUUCUUCUGGUCAUCUAUGUCCAAGACUACUCCGAAUACGCUUUUCAAGUGAGAAUUUAAUGUAUUUGUUGUGUUUAUCCACAAGGUUUUUACUGCAUGUUAAUAAAAGACCAUACUGGAAUGCUAGUAGCUGGAAUGCAUUUCUGUGAAUGCUUUAACUGUUUGGCUAAUUGCCUUUGCACUAUUUCUUGUAAAUUUAUUUAAUGUUCAUGUAUUUAUAUUUUCACCUGUAAAAAACCCUGUUAAAUUUACAGCAAGUACAACACCUAAAAUAGAUAAACUUUGUCGUUUAGAUAAAUGUGUCACUAUACUGGGCUGUGUUACAAUUCUUCAGAUUACGUGAGCUGCAGUGCGUAACCUCUUGGAUAAAAUGCUGACCUAGCCCUCACA